AUAAUGCUUUUGUUUUGUGUUAUAUAGCCAAUCACGGGAUAUGGAGUGGCUAAAGUUGUGGAGUCUGGUAAUUCAAACUUCCAGAAAGGUGAAUUAGUUUGGGGAAUGACUGGAUGGGAGGAGUAUAGUAUUGCAACUGCUCCUGAUCAGACUCUCUUUAAAAUUCAUGACAAGGAUGUCCCUCUUACCUACUAUACAGGAAUCCUUGGGAUGCCUGGGCUGACAGCUUAUGUUGGUUUUUAUGAGAUUUGCUCCCCCAAGAAGGGAGAAACUGUCUUUGUUUCAGCUGCUUCUGGAGCAGUUGGUCAGCUUGUUGGCCAAUUUGCAAAGAUCAGCGGUUGCUAUGUUGUCGGUAGUGCUGGAACCAAACAAAAGGUUGAUCUGUUGAAGAGCAAAUUUGGUUUUGAUGAAGCUUUUAACUACAAAGAGGAGCAGGAUUUGGAUGCAGCUUUGAAGAGGCACUUCCCUGAAGGAAUUGACAUCUAUUUUGAGAAUGUUGGAGGGAAGAUGCUUGAUGCAGUUCUUGUGAAUAUGAAAGUCCAUGGGCGUAUUGCCGGGUGUGGGAUGAUCUCGCAAUACAACCUUGAGCAGACUGAAGGAGUCCACAACUUGUUCUACCUCAUUUCAAAACGAAUCCGCUUUCAAGGAUUUAUCAUUUUGGACCACUAUGAUCUCUACCCGAAAUAUUUGGAAAUGAUCAUUCCACAAAUAAAGGCUGGUAACGUCAAGUACGCGGAAGACAUAGCCGUAGGUCUCGAAAGUGCUCCCAGUGCUCUAGUUGGUCUCUUCUCAGGUCGCAAUAUUGGGAAGCAAGUUGUGAUGGUUUCGCCAGAAUGAAGUACACAAAUUAGAUGGUGGUCGAUUUGCUAGUUCUUUUAAAUAAAUUCAGUUUCAGUUUUAGCAGAGACUAGUUUUAGUGUACUUGCACGUGUACAUAGAGUCAAUAAAUAAAAAUUGUGGAGUAUAUAAUAAGAAUAAAUUGUUAAACAGCUGUAGUUGACAUUCAAAUAAAUGCAAAAUUUGUUUAUAUGA